AUAAUGAUUUAGAAAAUAAUUUAAAUAAUGAAUUUAAUGAUGAUUCUUAUGAUGAAUCUAAUAAUAGUUCUAAUAAUGAAUUAGAUAAUAAAUUUGAUUAUGAAUUAAAUGAUGAAUUAAAUUAUGAAUUUGAUAGUGAAUUAGAUGAUGAAUUUGAUAAUGAAUUAGAAAAUAGAUAUAAUGAUGAAUUAAAUAAUGAAUUAAAUGAUGAAUUAAAUGAUGAAUUAAAUGAUGAGCUAGAUGAAUUAAAUUAUCUUCAAACACCAGAUGAUGAUUACGACGUACUUGCUGGUGAAAGAGCUGGAAUACGAAAGUUGAGAAAAGAUCCACUUAUAAAAGACAUAUGCACCGAAUUUGUUAAGAAAAGAGAUGAAGCAAAACGUAUAACCAGGAAUGUUACUGAUGUUCUUUUACAAGAGGUAAAAUCGAAUGCACUUCGUAAAGUUCUUAGAGGUUCUGAAGGCUCCCUUGUAGAAAUUGUAUCUCAGUUAUGCUUGUUAUGUUUUGAUAAAGUUAAUUUGACAACCUUUUUUAAAAGUAAUAAUAAUGGCAAUUUGUAA